AUGGUCAUUAAUGAAGGAGGAGCAACGCCGAUGACGUCAGAAGUGACCGUGCUAGUUCCGAUGAACAUCGCUCUCGUCAAGUACUGGGGCAAGCGGGACGAGCAGCUGAUCCUUCCCUUAAAUGACUCCAUCUCACUAACUGUCGAUCGGUUAACAGCAACAACGACGAUUCGGAUGAUCGUCGGCGCCGGGGAGCACACGGUGAGCGAGUUUUUCGUUUGAAAAAUGCGAAAUGCUCAAUUUCAGAUAGAAAUAAACGGGCGCCACGUGGAAUUGUCGUCGAACAAACGCUAUAAAACAGUGUUCAACGAAGCCCUUCGAUUGCUGAGAAAACGGAAGGAAAAGGGCCCAGAAAAGAAUGGAAAUGAGCCACUUCCACCGGUUUCUUUCCACUUUCAGGUUGGUCUUUUUUCUUGAUUCUGACAAUAUCCCCGCUGAUUUCCAGGUAAUUUCCACGACGAACUUCCCCGUGGCAGCCGGACUCGCUUCUUCGGCCGCCGGCUUCGCGGCAAUCGCCCUCGCCCUUCAACACCUUCUCAAAUUGGACGACGCGCAGGCGAACCGUCUGGCUCGAAUCGGAUCGGGAAGCGCCUGCAGAAGCAUGUUCGGAGGGCUCGUACACUGGCAAAAAGGAGAGAAGGCCGACGGAAUGGAUUGUGUCGCAGUGGUUUGGGAUCUUCACGAAGAACAACAGCCAGAACCAGCUCUUUCUUGCAGAGAAUCGGAACGUCGACGUGGCCAGACUUGUUCUGUGUGAUUCUGGUGUUCGACGACGGCCGAAAAAAGGUGGGAUCGUCGGAGGGAAUGCGUCGAACGGCAGCCACUUCGACCCUCCUCAAGCGACGAGUCGAAGAAAUCGUACCUGAGAGAAUAGAGGAGAUCAAGAAGGCGUUCGUGGCGAGAGACUUUGAGGCGCUGGCGAAAGUGAUAAUGACGGACAGCAACCAAUUCCACGCAGUCUGUCUCGAUUCGAGUCCGCCCAUUCGGUACCUGAACGAAGCGUCGUGGCAUUUGAUGGACACUGUCGAACAGUUCAAUCGGGACACGAUUCGGGCCGCCUACACGUUCGACGCCGGGCCGAAUGCGUGUGUUAUUGUGCAAAAGUUUGUCAUUUUCACAAAAUCACUGCAAAAAGAGGCAUUGUUGCAGAAAAGACUUGAUCUCAUUUGUAAAUCACGCGGCCAAAUCAAUAAAAUUCCCCGCAGAAGACGUCAAAAUGAUCGGAGAUGAGCUCGGCAAGCAUCUGGACCCUCCGACGGACAUUCCGAGCCAAUUUGUGUGCUCCAAACUGAUUGUGAGUAAGAUGGGCGGUGGUCCCCAAAAUUCGGUUAUUUAG